AUGCUGGUCCAGCGAUCGCUCGGCCCUCUGCUGCUCCCCCCUGCCGGUUGCUAGGAGUCGGGUACGCCGGCCUGGCCGAGGGUGCGGGUGUCGCGGGCCGCCUCCUCCGGCCGCGCCUGGCCAGGCCGAGGCAAGCGGGGCCGCCCGGGCCUGCGAGCCGCGAUGGAGCCCGGGAAGAGAAGAUCCAAAGAUGAUACUUGGAAAGCAGACGACCUCAGAAAACACCUUUGGGCUGCACAAUCAGCUAGUCCCAAGGAAGAUAAGAAACACAGCGAGAAGCUGCCACCUAAGGAGUCAGAAAUGGACGUCCUGGAAUACAAGGAGCACAAACACAGGGAGCCCGACGGAGACACCAGACACAGAGAGAGGAUGGCCGAGAGAGAUGGCCACGCCUUCAGGGAGACGGCUCCAGGGGAGAGAGACAGAGAAAAGCCCCGGGAAAGGAAAAAGGACGCCAAAGACCGGGACAGAGGAAAGCUUAAGAAGUACCGAGAGCAGGAUGCAGAGAAGUCCCACAGGAGAGGAAAAGACAGAGAAAAGGACCAAGACCGCAGAGCCAGGAGGGAGGAGCUGAGGCAGGCGGCUGCCUACCACAACCUGCUGGGCUGGGACAUGCGAGGCCGGCAGCCCCUGCAGAGAGCUGAGCACAAGAUGCCAGCAGUAAGUAAAGUAAGAAUUGAAGAAAUGGAAAGGAGAGAUGAAGACUCUGAACGAGGAGACGAAGAGAGAGAAAGAAGAUACCGAGAAAGAAAGUUGCAGUACGGUGACAGCAAAGACAAUCCUCUUAAGUACUGGCUUUAUAAAGAAGAAGGUGAAAGAAGACGCAGGAGGCAUAAAGAACCAGAUCGAGAAAAGAAACAUCGAGAAAAAAGCAGCACAAGGGAGAAAAAAGAGAAGUAUUCAAAAGAACCAAGGACUCCAUCCUCUGACAAGGAAGGCGAGGAGAGACAUAAGGAGAAACGACACAGCGAAGGCUUUUGUCUGGAUGGUGAGAGAUACUGGGGUGGCGUGGAUAAAAAAGAGAGGUCGUCGAAGGAAGAGCCUAAGAAAAGGGAAUGCAAGAAUGGUGAACACAGAAGUCGAGGUACAAGUUCAAAGAGAAAUGGGCCUAGCAGCCAGCAUGCAGAGAAUUUAGUAAGGAACAAUGGAAAAGAUAAAGGCUCAAGAAUGAAGGAAAUCGAAAAGGAAGACAUUGGUUUAGAAAAUGCUGGAGCUGAUGAAUAUAUAGCGAGUUUUGAAGAUGAUUGUGAAGACUACGAAGAUGACUUUGAGGUUUGUGAUGGAGAUGAUGAUGAUAGCACUAAUGAGCCAGAAUCAAGAGAAAAAAUCGAAGAGCUUCCUCUAGCCAGAAAAAGGGAGAUACAAGAAAUUCAAGAGGCCAUCAAUGCAGAAAAUGAAAGGAUUGGCGAGUUGUCUUUGAAACUGUUUCAGAAGCAGGGAAGAGUAGAAUGUGAAAGGGCCUCCGGGCUGGAUGCAAACAAUUCCCCUUCCAGAGCCCCUGUUUGUGGAAUUUUUGUGGAUUUUGCAAGAGCCUCACACCGUCAAAGGAGUCGGACUCAGGCCUUUAAGCAAAAGACUCGCAGCACAAAACUGCUUCGGCUUAUUGACUUAGAUUUUUCAUACACUCUGUCUAUCCUGGAUCUACCACCAGUAAAUGAAUAUGACAUGUAUAUCAGAAACUUUGGGAAAAAAAAUACCAAGCAGGCAUAUGUUCAGUAUAAUGAAGAUAAUGUUGAAAGAGAUGUUCAGACUGAAGAGAUAGAGACAAGGGAAGUGUGGACCCAGCAUCCAGGAGAAGGCACGGCUGUGUCUGGGGGCAGUGAGAGUACAGAUCUUUCUGAUGCUGCAGUUGUACCAAAGGUUGACACGCCAAGACUGUCCAGCUUUCUUCGGGCAGCUUGCCAGGUGAUUGCGGUUUUGCUCGAAGAGGAUCGAGUGGCCACUGAGCCCAGCUGGAACCCCAGGGCGCAGGACAACACCCUGCAUUUCAGUGAUAGUUCCUCUCAGUUGAACACUAGCCUGCCAUUCCUUCAGAAUCGAAAAGUGACCUGCCUGCAUGCCUCCCAGGUUCAGAGGCAGACAGUGGUGUCUGUUCACGGUCUGCCUGGAAAGGCCUUUGCCCCCAUGCUGGACAGCAGACAUGUGCUCUGUGUGUGGGAUAUCUGGCAGCCUUCAGGGCCUCAGAAGGUCCUGAUAUGUGAGUCGAAGGUCACGUGUUGCUGCUUUAGCCCUUUUAAAGCCUUUUUGCUGUUUGCUGGAACAAUGCACGGCUCAGUCGUUGUGUGGGAUCUGAGAGAAGACUCGAGGAUACAUCAGUACGUGAAGCUGAGUGAUUGCUUCUGGACGUUCAGAACAUCAACAUUUUCCACCGAUGGUAUCCUUACGUCAGUAAACCACCGCAGUCCUCUUCAAGCAAUAGAACCGGUCUCAACGUCUGUCUACAGAAAACAGAGUUUUGUACUUUCACCCUUUUCUGCUCAGGAAGAAAUGUCGGGUUUGUCAUUCCACAUUGCUUCCUUGGAUGAGAGUGGGGUUCUCAACAUGUGGGUGGUUGUUGAAUUACCAAAGGCAGACAUUGCAGGUUCAAUGAGUGAUUUAGGUUUAAUACCUGGAGGGAGGAUAAAAUUAGUGCACAGCGCUGUGAUUCAGCUGAGUGACAGCCUUUCCCAUAAAGGUUAUGAAUUUUGGGGGUUCACACAAACACUGAAUGUUAAAUUCCUGCCUUCGGAUCCAAAUCACUUUAUUGUUGGCACAGAUGUGGGUCUCAUAAGCCAUGGCACCAGACAAGAUUUGAGAGUAUCUCCCAGAUUGUUCAAAGCCCACCAACAUGGUAUGAGACCAGUGAAAGUGAACGUGAUUGAUUUUUCACCGUUUGGAGAACCAAUAUUCUUGGCCGGCUGCUCUGAUGGGAGCAUCAGGUUAUACCAGCUGACCUCCGAGUGCCCGCUCAUGCAGUGGAACGACAGCACGCACGGCCACGCAGUCACCAGCCUGCAGUGGUCCUGGACGCGGCCUGCUGUGUUUCUGGUCCAGGAUGACAAGUCCUGUGUUUAUAUCUGGGACCUCCUUGAAAGUGAUUUGGGUCCCGUAGCCAAACAACCCAUCUCUCCAGACAGGCUGGUGGCCAUGACCGUCGUAGGUGAACCAGAGAAGACCAGCGGCAGCUUCCUGGCCCUGGUGCUGGCCAAAGCCUCCGGCAGCAUGGACGUCCAGUUCUUGAAGAAGGAGUGGGUGACCCCGGUGGAAGACGAGCAGAGGAAGCUGCGUCUGCUUUUGCAGGAAGCCUUGUAGAAAUGAGGAGAGUGCAAAACAGCUGGUGUUGUCGAGAGGACGAGGCUACGUAGUGACCCAGACGGAAAAGACGUGA